GACAACAGGUCACAGUUUUCUGACAUUAAAUGAUGUACGCUGAGAGCAAAUAUAUUCAUAAAAUAAAAAAUAAUUGAGGAAAUCGUUUUGACGUUUUCAGAGGUUAACGUAGGCAUAAGUAGAUUAGUAAAUUAUGUUGACAAUUGAUCGCCGUUUUCGCGAGUGCCAUAAGAGUCACUGGCCGGUAGGACUGGAAAUCAAAAAAGAACCACCCAUUUGAGUCGUGUUGGGUGUGCACAGUACUAAAAAAGGGAAGUAAUCUAAGGAAGAGAGAAAGAAAAAAGGAACCAGUCUGGGUGACCUCCUGCCCUUGAGCUGUGUUUCAUCGCUGGCCACAACUCGAGGAAGAGAGAAAACUGGAACCGGCUGGCGCCUAUAUGGAGAGUGACAUUUGACAACAACAUAAAAGUUCCUUGCCACUUCCUGUCCUACUUCACUGCCAAAGAAGAAACGUUGCUUGAGAGCCUCCAAGUAGUUGGAGAUGGCGCUCUGGUGGACAUCAGGUCUGCUGGUGUUGGCGAUCCAGCCUGCAGAUGCCAGCAUGACGCUGUACGACCCCAAGCUGUGCUACAUCCUGGAUGGCUUCUUGAGUCUGUACGGCCUGGUCAUCACCGUCAUGUUCAUCAAGGAGAGGUUCUUCAAAACAAAGGGGGCGGCGGGUGGCGGGUACACGGGCACAAGAGGUCAGAGGGAUGACAGUGACUCGCGACUGAGAGGAGACCCAGAAAGAGGACGUAACCAGUGGAUGAGGGAUAAUGCGACAUACACGGACUUGAAAAACAGAACAGAAGACGAGUACAAAGAACUUCCUGGUAAAAGAGAACAAGCCCGAAAAAACAACCAAGUUUAUCAGGGUCUUAGCAGAGCGACCAGAGAUACCUACGAUGCCCUCCAGAUGCAGCCGUUUCCGAGCCGCUAGCCACUCAUCAUGUUCAAUCAUCGGUCUCUUUCAUGUGUAAUCAAUUAAUCAAACGUUACAGUUUCAUGCAAUUAAAUAAUAGUGCAUCUGAUUAUUUUUGUAAUGAAAUAAAACAAAUCCGCAUUAUUUCUGCUGAAUCCCCUCACUCCACCUAUUUGUAACACCAGCAUGGGAGUAUUGUUCCCCACCAAAUCUAGCGGAUAGCGAUUGUUCUUUCUUUCUCCCAAUAUGUAUCCGAAACAACGUAGUGAAAUUGAUGUAUGUAAAUAAACAUUGGAG